UUCCCGCAGUUCGCCCGCUGCUGUGCAGCCGCCGUCGCCGCCUCGGCCCGGCACCCGCCGUCCCGCCCGCCCCGCCGGGAAGGAGACGGCACCAUUUCGGAUCUCAAGCAGACGGCCCUCUCCUAAUCUAGUCGUGGCUUUUCCAAAUCCUCCGAGGAGAGCGGGAUCUUUCGGUCCUUCCUGUAUUUCCGACCAUUACAGGAUCUAGAAAUGUCGACGACACUUUUAUCUGCCUUCUACGACAUUGACUUCUUGUGCAAGACGGAGAAGUCCCUGACCAACCUCAGCAGCAUGCUGGACAAGAAGGCCGUGGGGACCCCGGUGACCCCCCCAAGCUCCAGCUUCGCGCCGGGCUUCCUGCGGCGGCACUCGACCAGCAACCUGCCGGCGCUGGCCGGCAGUUCCAAGUUCCCCAGCCCCACCGGUUCCAGCUCUUCCUCCACCUCCUCUUCCUCCUCCUCCUCCUCCUCGUUCGGCAGCCUGAAGGAGACGGGCUCUGGUGGAGGCGGCGGCGGCAGCAGCAGCCCCACAGCCCUGCUCAACAAGGAGAACAAGUUCCGGGACCGCUCCUUCAGCGAGAACGGCGAGCGCAGCCAGCACCUCAUGCAGCAGCUCCAGCAGCAGCAGGCGGCGGCGGCCGGCAAGGGGGGCGGCUCCGGUGGGGGCGGCGGGGCCCCCAUCAACUCGACGCGCUACAAGACGGAGCUGUGCCGCCCCUUCGAGGAGAGCGGCGCCUGCAAGUACGGCGAGAAGUGCCAGUUCGCUCACGGCUUCCACGAGCUGCGCAGCCUCACUCGCCACCCCAAGUACAAGACCGAGCUCUGCCGCACCUUCCACACCAUCGGCUUCUGUCCCUACGGCCCGCGCUGCCACUUCAUCCACAACGCCGACGAGCGCCGCCCGGCGCCCGGCGGCGGCACGGCCGCCCCCCCCGCCUCCGCCGCCGCCGCGGGGCACCACCACCCGCACCACCCGCCCCCGCACCCCGCCGGCAGCACCGGCGACCUCCGCGCCUUCGCCCCCCGCGAGCACCCGCUGGGCGGCGGCGGCUUCGGGCAUCCCCGCGCCGGCGAGAGGCCCAAGCUGCACCACAGCCUGAGCUUCUCCGGCUUCUCCGCCCACCAGCACCACCACCAGCACCACCACUCGCACCCCCACAGCGCCGCCCCGCCGCCUCCGCCGCCGCCCGGCGGCCGCCUGGACGCCGCCCUGCUGGAGAGCCCCGGUGGGUCGCGCACGCCGCCGCCGCCCGCCUCCGCCUCCUACUGCGAGGAGCUGCUCUCGCCGCCCUGCGCCAGCAACACCUUCCCUUUCACGGGGCAGGAGCUGGGCAGCCUCAUCGCCCCCCUCGCCCUCCACGCCCAGAACUUCGCCGCUGCCGCCGCCGCCGCCUACUACCGCUGCCAGCAGCAGCCGCCGCCCCCCGGCGGGGGCUGCCCGCCGCCCCCCGCCUCGCCGCCCUUCAGCUUCCAGCCCCUCCGCCGACUCUCCGAGUCGCCCGUCUUCGACGCGCCGCCCAGCCCCCCGGACUCCCUCUCCGACCGGGAGAGCUACCUGAGCGGCUCGCUCAGCUCCGGCUCCCUCAGCGGCUCCGAGUCGCCCAGCCUGGACUCGGGCCGCCGCCUGCCCAUCUUCAGCCGCCUCUCCAUCUCCGACGACUAGGGGGGACGGGCGCCCGGCCCCCCGCGGCUGCCGAGCAAGUAAGUUCACAGCGAAGAAAGCGAAUCCUCUCUUCUGUCUUUUUUUUUUUUUUUUUUAUAUAUCUAUCUAUAUAUACACCGAGAGCUGAACAAAACAAACAACAAAAAAAAAGCAUUUUGCAAAAGGGCAAAUGACACGAACUGAACAAACCUAUUUUUAUAGAGAGACCUUGGAAGAAGGGGAUUUUUGUUUCGGGGUUGUUUGUUUGUUUGUUUGUUUUCGUUGUUCUUUGGAGACAAGUUAUGAUACGCACCAGCAGCAGCCAUUCCAUCUGUGUUCCAAAACAAAACAAAAAAGCGUUAGAAAAGACGCCACCAGAAAGCAACAAACAAUCCGGGGAGCCUGAGUCGUGCCUGUCCAGCUCCUCCAAACCUUCAGACACACACGACAAAAGUCACAGACUAGUUUGUCUUUCAAUCCAGUUCGAAUAAAAACACAGACCGUACUAAACGUAUAAGCUUUUAAAAGAGAGGAAAAAAAAAAAAGAAAAAUCCAACAUCCUGCCAAGAAUAUGCCUUGAUAACAACCUUCUUUUUUUAUAUAUCUAUAUAUUAUUAUUAUAACAAAUGCUAAAACCUUCAUUCCAAAGUUUAAUAUUGGUUCCAUUGCCACCACUUAGUGGAUGUUUGGCUUAGAACAAUUUUUUUUUUUUCGUUGUUGCUUUAUUUGGAAGCACUCAACUGAGUUUAGUUUGUAAUUGUUGGAGAAUAACUGCUGAUUUUUUAAAUUUUUUUAGCUGUUUUGAGUUGAUUGCAUGAAUGAGUCACUGCACACAACUCAAUAUGAAACUAUUUAACUUAUUUAUUAUCUUGUGAAAAGUAUACAUUGGUAAUUUGUUCAUACUGUAUUUAUCGGGUAUGAUGAAAAGCAAUAGAUAUAUAUUCUUUUAUUAUGUUUAAAUUAUGAUUGCCAUUAUUAAUCGGCGAAAUGUGGAGUGUGUUCUUUUCACAGUAAUAUAUGCCUUUUUGUAACUUCACUUGGUUAUUUUAUUGUAAAUGAGUAAAAUUCUUAAUUUAAGAGAUUGUAUGUAAUAUUUAUUUCAUUAAUUUCUUUCCUUGUUUACGUAAAUCUGAAAGAUUGCAUGGUUUCUUUAUAGAAAUCGAUCUCGAUGCUGUGGAAGUAGUUUGAGGAAUUUCUGAGUUUUAGAAUGUAAAUGGUUGUAGCCCGUCCGAGUUGCAAAAGAAAAAGAACAAAAAAAGAAACCAACAACAACAACAAAAAGAGACUGACUUAGCAAUCAGACUUCAAAGUGGCGAACCUAAUUCAGACUAGUUUAAAGUAACCAAAAAGUAUUUUUGUUGCCUAACUCCACCAAUCACACUGUGAUAUAGUCUCAAGUAUGUAGCAAUAAUUGGGGGUCCCAGUAUUAUGUCUCACAGUGCCUUCUUGAGGGUCCAUGCUUGCCUUAAAUAUCUCUCAACCAAAUAAGUAUUUUUCUUAAUGCUUGAGAUAAUUUGAAUGUAGGGAUGGGUUUUUAACUACAGCAAAAUUUUGCCACUCUUUAUUUUAUAAGAAUGGAGGCCAUCUUUGGAUCUGAAACUUUAUACAGUACAUGAACAUAUCUUGUUAAUUUCUGAUUAAAUUCCAAAACGUGUAAUGUUUAUUUUUCCUUAUGUAGAAAGUCGGGAGUUUUCCAAAACUUUCCUGGACGGUGGAUGAAUGAGCAGUAGCUUAGUUUUGUUUGUACAUAGGUACAGAUUGAGCACUAUGUACUCUUUUGGACUACUUUAACAGAAGUAUGUUUUGAAUGUAACUAAAGGAUAAGUCAACUUGAGUUGUAAUAUAUUUUUCGGGAGUCAGUUCACUACAAAUUGUGUGAGACUGUAAACUUUGUACUGUAAAUGUUUUGUAGUUCUCCCAAUAAAAUUUUUUUGGAAAAAAAAAAAGAGAACACUUCACACUGUUGAAGCCCUGUCUGCCAGGCAGCGAGUAUUUCUUGCUGAACACCACCACCACCACCACCCCCCCAGUCCCAAAUAUGUCUAGCUACAGAUUAACCAGUUUGCACUGCAGCUCCUGUCCACUCCUGCAGCAAUCACUGGUUGCGAGCCAAAGCUAAUACAUGCUUCCAGAAGGUUCGGGACUUUUAGUGGUGUGCUGUUUGCUGCUGCUUUUUAAAACUUAUUUUUGUUUCAGAAGGGGGGAAAGGAUCAAAUCUUUGCUGCUUGCAGCUUAACAGGUGGAGUGGAAAAACCUAGUAAUGGCAUUUAUCAAUUGCAUUGCUUAUGGGGAUGUGUGAGCAUGCCAUUAGCCUUCCUGCCUUUUUUUGGGGUAAGGAGGAAAUGGCAGUUUGGGUAAUAAAAAGGCAUAAUUAAGGUUUACCCUUUGUCCCAAAAGCUUUCUUCCUCUUCACUUGCAGGAAUGUGGACUUCUGCCUCAAUGCUUUCAUCACCCAGCCCAGGGCAUAUCGGUGUUAAUCAGGCUAGCAUUAAAUGUGUUAAUCAGUUUUCAGGGCUUGGGUUUUAAACAAAUUGCCUUUCUGAGUGUAUAUAACAAAAUACUUGGCAACCUGGGGACUCUGUAUUCAUUAAUAGUGGAGGAAUUUUAGCUAAUAACUCCACAACUUGGUCCCUUAUUCCAAUCAGUCCCUUAAACUUUUAAGUAAUUAUCUUUACUGGCUUAUUUUUUGUUCUUUUGUCAUACUAAUAAUAAAUGUUGUGAACAUUAUGGCAUCUGUGUGCUGCCUGGACUGCUGCAGUACUUUCUAUAAAUACAAGACAGAAUGUAAUACCAGUGCCAUAUGUUUGUGUAACAAACCUUGGACUGACUCUCAGUUUAAAAUUAAAACAAACGUAAGCAAUGUAUGACAA